GAUCAGUAAAUUCGUCGAACACGCACUAUAAAGCACUUCAAGGAUACUAACAUUUUCAUCAAUGCUUGAAUAGCUAUUUGGCCUGCACCGAUUAUCCAAAGAAAUGUCUUCCCAAACUUAUUCAUCAAUGCUUCCUUUUUCAACUCAUCAACCCAUGUCCAACCACAAUCGCCCCAUAGCCAAUUUCCAUCCCUGCGUCUGGGGCAACACUUUCCUUUCAUGUCCAUCUAAAAUGGACGCUAAUGCUACACUAAAACACGGAGAAUUGAAGGAAGAAGUGAGGAGGAUGGUUAAGGAAGGCAUGGAUGAUGAGUUGCUUCACAAAUUACAUUUGAUUGAUACAAUCAAACGGUUAGGAGUGAGUUACCAUUUCGAAAGAGAGAUAGAGGAAGCAUUGCACAAUAUCUAUGAGCAAGACUACGAACCAGACCAAACUCAUCUCGAAACUGCUUCUCUUCGGUUUCGAUUGCUUAGAGAGGAUGGGUUUAAUGUUCCCUGUGAGAUAUUCAACAAGUUCAAAGAUGGAGAAGGAAAUUUCAAAAACACCUUAACAAGUGAUGUGAAAGGCUUGCUAGAAUUAUACGAAGCUGCACAUUUACGUGUACAUGGUGAGGAUAUACUCGAUGAAGCCCUUGUUUUCACCACCAGUCAUCUACAGUCAGCCAAAGCUGCAGGCACUAUCGAAUAUCCCCUUUCGGCCCUAGUCUCCAAUGCUCUAAACCGACCCAUCUCCAAGUGCUUGCCGAGGUUGGAGGCUAGGCGAUUCAUACCCAUUUAUCAACAAGAUGCUGCACAUGACAAAACGUUGUUGAAGUUUGCAGAGUUGGAUUUCAACUUGUUGCAAGAUUUACACAAGGAGGAGCUAAGCAACAUCUCUAGGUGGUGGAAAGAUUUAGAUGUCGAAACAAAGCUUCCAUUUAUACGAAAUAGAUCGGUGGAAGGUUACUUUUGGAUAUUGGGAGUGUACUUUGAGCCUCAAUACUCUUACGCUAGAGAGAUAUUAACAAAAAUACUACUCAUGACAUCAAUUAUGGAUGACAUAUACGAUGCAUAUGGCAAAUUUGAAGAACUUGAACUCCUUACGAUUGCAAUUCAGAGGUGGGAUGCUGAUUGUCUAGAUCAACUCCCGGAUUACAUGAAAUUCUUCUACAAAACAAUGUUAGAUUUGUAUGAAGAAUUGGAGGAAGCGAUGACAAAGCAAGGAAAAUCAUAUCGUUUCCAAUACGCAAAAGACACGUUUACACAAUUAUCGGAAUCUUAUUUUGUGGAAACCAAAUGGUACCAAGAGAAGUAUGUACCAACGAUGGAGGAGUACAUGAGGAACGCACUUGUAACAGCAGGCCAUGUCCACUUGACAAUCACAUCUUUUAUUGAAAUGGAAGAUUCGGUGACACCUGAGAUUUUUAAAUGGGCUUUUAGCAACCCGAAAAUUGUCGCUGCUUCAUCCGUCAUUGGCCGUCUCAUGGACGAUAUCGCUUCGCAUAAGUUUGAGCAAGAGAGAGGACACGUUCGAUCGGCCGUUGAAUGUUACAUGAGACAACAUGGAGUUUCGGAAGAAGAGGCAUGCAGUGAACUGAAGAAGCAAGUGGAGAAUGCUUGGAAAGAUAUAAACUACGAGAUGAUAUUUAGUGAGACGACGAAGGUUUUUCCGAAGCCAGUUCUCAGACGAAUCCUCAAUCUUACGAGGGUCAUCGAGUUUCUUUACAAGGAUGGAGAUGACCAGUACACACAUGUUGGGAAAGUUACAAAGGAUGGGGUUGCUUCAUUGCUCAUUGAUCCGGUAUCAGUUUCACCUUGAGGAAAUUAAGAAUUUACCUGAUUUAUGUGACGUAAUAAGGUGUUAUUAGAAUCUUGGCAGUUCUCCAGUCUGCAGCAUAUGUUUGUGACUUUAUGUUACUUUUAAGGGUGAUCUCAUAUUUA